CCGUAGGCGCCCCUGGUGGCUGCUUUUGUGUAGUCCAUCAUGAAGAUCUUGGCGCGUCGCAAUAUCGGAUGGUCAGUAGACUACUUUGUGCUCGCCACGGUCUCUAUAUAAGGGGUCGAUACCGUUACCGGAAACUGACCAUCAUCUCACACAGGCUCUUCUCGAUCAACAGACAAGAUGUACAGGUCUCUCGCUCUCACUUCGCUCACAUUCCUGAGCGCCGUCCGCGCUCAGCAGGUCGGCACGUCUCAGACUGAGACUCACCCCAAGAUCAACUGGAAAACCUGCACUGGCACUGGUGGUAACAGCUGUACCGCAAAGUCUGCUCCCGUUGUGCUCGACUCCAACUGGCGUUGGUCCCACAACAUCGAUGGAUUCACCAACUGCUUCGACGGCAACUCCUGGAACACCUCCCUCUGCCCCGACGGUGACACCUGCGCUAAGAACUGCGCCAUUGAUGGUGCCGACUACUCUGGUACUUACGGUAUCACCACCUCCAGCGAUGCCUUGACCCUGAAGUUCGUCACCAAGGGCCAGUUCUCCACCAACGUCGGAUCCCGUACUUACCUCAUGGAGACCGAUACCAAGUACCAGAUUUUCAACCUCAUCAACAAGGAGUUUACCUUCGACGUUGACGUUUCUAACCUUCCUUGCGGUCUGAACGGUGCUCUCUACUUCGUUGAAAUGGCCUCCGACGGUGGCCUCAACAAGGGCAACAACAAGGCUGGUGCCAAGUACGGAACUGGAUACUGCGACUCUCAGUGCCCCCACGACAUCAAGUGGAUCAACGGCAAGGCCAACAGCGCCGGGUGGGUCUCCUCCCCCAACGACCCCAAUGCCGGCUCCGGAACCACCGGCGCCUGCUGCGCCGAGAUGGACAUCUGGGAGGCCAACAGCGUCUCGACUGCGUACACUCCCCACCCCUGCAAGGGCACCGGUCUAGUCGCCUGCACAGGCACCGAUUGUGGCGAUGGCGACGACCGCUACAAGGGCAUCUGCGACAAAGACGGAUGCGACUUCAACAGCUACCGCAUGGGCGUGAAGGACUUCUACGGCCCCGGCGCGACCCUCGACACCAAGGCCAAGAUGACCGUUGUCACGCAGUUCAUCGGCUCGGGCACCAGCCUCAGCGAGAUUAAGAGGUUCUACAUCCAGAACGGAAAGGUGUACAAGAACUCGCAGUCCGCCAUCUCCGGCGUCACUGGUAACUCCAUCACCGACUCGUUCUGCAAGGCCCAGAAGAGCGCUUUCGGCGACACCAGCUCCUUCGCCAACCUUGGCGGACUCAACGCCAUGGCUGCUUCGCUUGCUCGCGGCCACGUUCUUGUCAUGUCGCUCUGGGACGACCACGCGGUUAACAUGCUGUGGCUCGACUCUUCCUACCCCACUACUGCUGACCCCAGCAAGCCUGGUAUCGCCCGUGGUACUUGCCCGACUACCUCUGGCGCGCCCACUGAUGUUGAGGCCAACAGCCCCAACUCCAGCGUUGUCUUCAGCAACAUCAAGUUCGGUCCCAUUGGAUCUACUUUCGACCAGGCUGCCGCCGUCUAAGCGAUCUCGUCUUCGUACGCGUUACAGCCUGAGACAUGUUGAUGAUGUUUCCAUUCAGAUUGUAUAGACUCGCACUUUUGGCACGAAAGAGGUGGAAUGAAGAACGGUGUAUAUAAACCAUUCGCUACACGAAAGAAUAAAACUGGUGUUUAAGAACUUUCGCUCCGCUCAUAAUU